AUGGUGUCUUAUGAGCAAAUUACUCUUCUGCACAAAGAUUGGUUGGUGUCUGUAGGAAAUGUUUCAAAAUCCCAGGCAAAUCUAGCUGUUGUUCGUCUACCUCUCUACAUUCUCGCUGUGUGGUGCUCACAGGCAAGUCACGAAUUAUACCCAAUCCGAUCACAAUUCAUCAACUCAUCGAUUCAAUGCAGAAGUGAACAUGAGAUAGCAUCAAAUCUCGAAAACCCAGUUGAAUCGACUAACUUAGAUAGUUCAAGUGCUAGCCCCACUAGUCAAUUAAGCCAUGCUGGCUCUCCUAGUUCAUCCCAUCCAACUAGUUCAAAUGAUCAGACUAGACAUGUCAAUCAAACACCUUCUUCUUCCCACGAUAGUUUUUUUACUGCCUAUUCCGAAGCAGUCUCUACAUUCGAAAAGCAUUCAGAAAUUGAAAAUAGUGAUGAUGAAAUCGAUUUUGACAUCUUGAGAAACAAUCCCGAGCCAUUAAAUUCUCCACAUGCUUCGUCAAUAUCUGCUUCGUCGGCAUUGUCAAUACCUACAAUUCGACCUCCACCGACCUCUCAAAUAGCUCUUGUUGAUGAAGAAAUGGAACCAUCUAUUCCAGAACCUCUUUCCCAAGAAAGGCUUUCUGUGCAACCACAAUUAAAGAAAAAGCGGUCGCUAGUCGAUCGAUUGACCAUCGCACCAAAGAAGUUACUUUGGCAUAAAGCCGGAGGUGUGUUUGUCCCGACAAUGCCUGAAGUUCCGGCCAACAGAAACCCUGCCCAAUUUCCUGGCCAGCCUAUCAAACAUGGUGUGAUGCUCUGUAUGAAGACCGUAAGCUAUAAGAACGGAUCAGAGCCUACACGCUACAGAGCAACCAAGGAAGCACGGCUGGGGAUGUUCAAGGGUAAUUGGCGGCAAUUAGAGACUGUAUUGACCUCGGAUGGGAUCACAACCUAUUCAAACUCUCUACUUCAUUGGCCGAAGAGAUAUGAAGAGUACAAGAUCGGAUUUUCUGACAAGGAUAGACCUCCGAAAUUACGAUUAUCCUUGGUUUCACCUUUAGAUUAUACAUUCUGUCUAAGAUACGAGUCAAAAUCGGAUGGGGAAUAUUCCAGUGUUACCUUUCGAGCCAGAACUCUUACACUGUGUCAGGAAUGGUACAUGGCUAUCUACUGUCUCUUACCAGAAGUAUGUAAAACCGCGUGUCCUUUGUUUUGUGAAGUUUAUGUGCCAGAAAUCGAUAUCAGAAUACAUCUACCUCUGAUUCUGGAUGAAAACAGACUAGUACCGUGUUAUGAUAUCACUGCUGAAAAUGUCAAAGACGUUCUUUUGGCUAUGAUUCACGAAGAUCAGGCCUGGGCUAAUUCAAUAAAUGAGCAACUUGGUGGAGGUAUGUUUGGACUAUGCUGGACCCGGAAGGACCGUGCCGAAUGGAUAUAUUGGAAAAACAAUGUUGACAAUGAUAGUCGCAGAGAUGUCGUAAUUUGCCCUCAAAGCAUCGAAAAGACACAUCAAUUAGAGCUUCGACGUGUUGAGCACACACCGCACGAUGUUAUCCUAGCGGGAGAUAUGUCCCUUAAAGAGCCACAGCCAAUCGAAGGGUUUCUUACACGACUAACAGACUAUUACGGUAGAGAGAUCAAGAAUCGCCAGCUUAUUCGUAGACGCUAUUAUAUAUCCUCUUUUGAUCAGUAUCUAUUUUAUACCAAGCCAAAUAAAGUGACCGUUGCCGACCCAAAGUGUUUCGUCAACGAUAGAGAAGUAGUUCUCACAAAAAAACCGUGCCCUUAUAUCGGUUUAAUAUCUCCUUAUGGCGAACUUGGCUCCGACCUAGAGGCAAAUGAAAGAAAGCGAAGAAUGCAGCUCAUGGACCUGGCUUCGGGUCUAAUUGAUCUCACUGAAGUGGCGUAUGUAAGAAGAGCAUUUUCAGCCGAUUUUACACAGAGUGGAAUAUCAGAAAGCGGAAGUUUUGGUGCUACUUCAACCACGCCUGUUCUUCAUCGCAUUCAAAGUGAUCAGCCAAUAUAUCCCCCAAAACGGCGAGACGAUGACAUUGGAUAUUUAGAAAUUGUUAUGAAUAGUGGGGUGAUUAUAAAAUACGAGGCCUUUUCAAAUGAGACAUGUGAUGCCUGGGUUCACCAAUUAGCCAAGUUAAUUGUUUAUUGGAAAGCACUCAAGGAGGCUGAAAGAGAUGUCCACGCUCGAAAUAACUUUUAUAAUGGUCUCAACCACCAUAUGCAGCUAGCACUCGAAGAGAAUCCCGUGCAGUUACCUAAAGAUAAAAACUGUCUAGUAGAUACCCGCAUAUGGAGCUUGUGUGCGUUUGAGCAAUGUCGCGAUGUGAUGAAAACAGGAAUAAUGUACUUCCAACCUCAUUCGCGUGGUACAUUUACCCAAAAGCUUUUUAUUCUGACAACCAGUGGAACUUUGCUUUAUUACAACAUCUUUAAACGGUCUUCGAUGGUAUCGCAGCCGCUUAUCACAGCCUCUCACGUUAAGAAAGGCUCGUUUGAUAUCGCAAAUUGCUUUGUAUUCUCUGGUGACUUAUCAAUGGAUAUGGACAGACCUCCGAAUCGACCUCCUAGAAUGUUUUCGGAUGGCUUGGUCACAGAAGACAGCGAUACUGACUGUAUAUUCACACUCUGGAAACCACUCUUACGACGAUCAUUUAGUCCUCAGCGAAAACGUAUCUCGGUAUACACGUCUGACUUUAGGCCAAAUCCGGAUGGCGAAACAUGGACUUUCCUAGCAAAAAGUCGGCAAGAAAGGGAGGAGUGGGUUUGGGCUAUUAAUCAAAUUAUCGAAAAGACUUUACGCUCUCAAAUAGCCGCUAAAAAUAAAUAAAUAAUGUAAAAACAAUGUAAAAGAUAAUGUAAGAAUAUUGAACAAGAAAAUCCUUUCUUCUCAAUUUGACUUUCCAUAUUGUGCCACACUCACACGCUGUAUUUAAUAUUCGUUUGAACUCGAUUCUAAUUAUUUUCUACCUUUAAAUUCCCAAGUGUAAAAUAAUACCAAUACUAAUAAUGAGGUUUAUAGGAUUCUUAUUUGCGUUCUAUAUGAUUUCUGUAAUAUAGUAAUGUGCCACAUUUAAGUAAUAUAAUGCUGCUUGUAC